AUGGCGCCACUGCGCCGUCUGUGUGUGAUCCCCCUGCUGCUCCUCACCUGCCUCCUCUCCUCGGCGGAGCCGCCGCCGCUCCUCCUGCCGCUCUCCCACGUCCUGCGUAGCUCCAAGAAUACCACCCAUCCCAAUCACCGCCUCCACCUUCUCAGGGCGGCCUCCCUCCGGUCCGCCGCCCGCCACCGCCACCACCGGAGCCAUGGCCACGGGCGGCGCCACCGGGAGGUGUCUCUCCCCCUCUUCCCCGGAAGUGACUACACGCUCUCCUUCUCCAUUGGCCUCCGCAGCGCCCGCACCGUCGAGCUCUACAUGGACACCGGGAGCGACCUCGUCUGGUUUCCCUGCGCCCCGUUCGAGUGCAUCCUCUGCGAGGGCAAGCCGGGAUACCCUCCUCUGCCCGGCUCCAUGAAGCUCCCUACCGCCUCCCGCGUCCCGUGUCACUCCCUCUCUUGCUCCGCCGCCCAUUCCUCCCUCCCUUCCUCCGACCUCUGCGCCAUCGCCGGUUGCCCCCUGGAGACGAUCGAAACGUCCACCUGCUCCGCUUUCCCCUGCCCCGCUUUCUACUACGCCUACGGAGACGGCAGCCUGAUCGCCCACCUCCGCCAGGACCACCUCGCCAUCCCCGCCGGUGCGACGAGCCCUCUCCAUCUUGGAAACUUCACCUUCGGCUGCGCCACCACGGCGCUCGCCGAGCCGGUGGGCGUGGCGGGCUUCGGAAGAGGGGUCCUCUCCCUCCCGGCGCAGCUGUCGCGACUAUCGCCGCACCUGGGGAGGCAGUUCUCCUACUGCCUCGCCUCCCAUUCCUUCGAGAAGCAGAAGCUCCAUCGCCCCAGCACGCUAAUCCUCGGGCGGAGCGGGAGCUCCCCCGGAACGGAGAAGCCGUUCGUCUACACUCCGAUGCUCUACAACCCGAAGCACCCCUACUUCUACACGGUGGGUCUCGAGGCCGUGUCCGUCGGCCGGAGGAGGAUGGCGGCGCCGCCUGACUUGAGAAGAGUUGACCGGGGGGGGAACGGCGGCGUGGUGGUGGACUCGGGAACGACCUUCACGAUGUUACCGGCGGGCUUGCACUCCCAGAUAGAAGAAGAGUUCAACCGCCGGAUGGUCAGUGGCGGCGGCCGCAAGCGGGCAGCGGGAGCCGAGACGGAGACCGGCCUGGGCCCCUGCUUCUACGAGCACGGUGGCCGGCGGGGGGUUCCCUCCGUCGUCCUCCAUUUCUCCGGCAAUGCCACCGUGGCGCUGCCGCGGAGGAACUACUACCUGAGGUUCGACUUCAGGGGAACGAAAGUGGGUUGCUUGAUGCUGAUGAGCAGCGGCUACGGCGGCGAGGCGGCGGAAUCAGACGGGCCUGCGGGGACCCUCGGCAACUUUCAGCAACAGGGGUUCGAGGUUAUCUACGACCUCGGGGGCCAGAGGGUUGGCUUCGCCCGGCGGCGCUGUACCAUCCUCUGGGACUCUCUCUCUCGCGCGGGUGGCGACCUCUGA